UUGUGAUUUCGGACAGUCGUCUGAGGCAAGCGAAUCAAAAAAAAAAGUUUAAUUUCUUUUUUUGGGUUUUUUGGUGAAAUGUUAUCAUUUCAUAGUAGCGGAACAGUCAAGAAACUUUUACUCUGGAAAAAAGGAAAUGACGAUUCUGGCGUAGAAGGAAAGUGGUCUGAAAAAGCUGUCAAAAGUCUCGUGAAAAAGUUGAAGAAAACUGACUUGCUAGCAGAACUUGAAAAGGCGAUUUCAACGCAAAAUUCCAACACCAAAUGCAUCACGAUUACGAGGAAUCGAACUAAUGGCGAAAAUGGUACUUCACAUCGAAAAGGCUUGCCUCAUGUAAUCUAUUGUCGAUUAUGGAGAUGGCCCGAUUUACAGAGUAAUCAAGAAUUAAAAGCAUUGGAACAUUGUGAAUUUGCGUAUCACAAAAGAAAGGACGAAAUCUGCAUAAAUCCUUACCAUUACACAAAAAUUGAAUCAGAGCCUCUUACGAUUUUGGUACCAAAAACAUCGCCGCUUCCGGGAUCAGAAUAUUCCUCUUCGACAUAUUCCUUCGACGAUCUACGGAAUACAAUUCCUGUAAACAUUUCAUACAAUAACUCGUUGAGCAGUUUACAUUCAGACUACAUGGAAGCAACAUUAAGUCAAUCAAUUCCAAGCAACACAACAUCGAUGGAUUCAAAUAACUUGAGCAUGGAUAGUGUUCCAAACACAGAAACGCCUCCGCCGGGCUACGUAUCGGAAGAUAACGACCCAAUGGAUCAAAAUGAUAAUAUGAGUUUAGCUCGUCUAAGUCCUUCGUCGUCGUUAGAUGUUCAACCUGUCGUUUAUCACGAGCCAACAUUUUGGUGUUCCAUCAGCUAUUACGAGUUGAGCGGAAGAGUAGGCGAGACUUUUCAUGCAUCCCAACCCUCGAUUACAGUCGAUGGUUUCACAGAUCCAUCAAACUCUGAACGAUUUUGCUUGGGACUCCUAUCCAAUGUCAAUCGGAACGAAAUUGUUGAGCAAACUCGUCGACACAUCGGAAAAGGAGUUCGAUUAUACUACAUUGGCGGCGAAGUAUUUGCCGAAUGUCUCAGUGAUUCAAGCAUUUUCGUUCAGAGUCCAAACUGUAAUCAGAGAUACGGUUGGCAUCCAGCUACUGUGUGCAAAAUCCCACCCGGAUGCAACUUGAAAAUCUUCAACAAUCAAGAAUUUGCUGCUCUAUUGUCACAAUCCGUAUCGCAAGGCUUUGAAGCUGUUUAUCAAUUGACACGAAUGUGUACAAUUCGGAUGUCUUUCGUCAAAGGAUGGGGCGCAGAAUAUCGACGACAAACAGUGACAUCAACGCCAUGCUGGAUUGAAUUGCAUUUGAACGGGCCCUUGCAAUGGCUGGAUCGCGUAUUGCAACAAAUGGGUUCUCCUCAUGUCCCUUGCGGAUCUGUAUCUUAAGAACUUUUCAACUUUUUUCAUAAUUUUUUUUUUAUUUUGCGCCCCACAUACGUUUGAUUCCGAAUUUUUGAAAAAAUUUAAAGAAUUAUGUGCAUUACAAGUAACUUCAAAAGUAGAAAACACAAAGAAUUUAUGCAUAAAAUGCGCUAUAAAUGUUAAAAAUCUUCCAGAAAGUCUUGCACCCGCCUUUUUAUCCCUUUUCUUUUAAAUUAAUUAAUUAAUUAAUAAUUAGUCUUAACGAUGCAUGCAACGAUUGUUUAUCCCAAAAAAAUAUGAUAUAUAUCAGAAUCCCCCAUUUUAAAAUGAGACCGCAUAUAAAUGUCUCUUCUUGCACUCUUUUAGUUUUUAAUUUGACUUUCUUCGUCCUUGUACAGAUUUUUUUUGUUACAAUCAUCAAAUAAUAAAUAUACAUAAAUAUAUAAAAUUAGAGUCUAGUUUGUACUGUGUAACAACAAAAAACAAAAAUAU